GGAAGUAAAGUGACGUCAUCGUCCUCACCCUGCAGAAGUCCUCUCUCUCUGCAGCAGCAGCAGCUCAGAGGAGUGUUCUUCAGUGUUUCUGCUCCUGAUCCGUCUAAACGUCAUUACAGGUUAGUUCAGCAUCAUGAGUCAGCGGCCGGAGCGGCGGGGCGGAAUACACGUGGACCAAUCGGACCUGCUGUGCAAAAAGGGAUGCGGUUUCUACGGCAACACGGCGUGGCAGGGCCUGUGCUCCAAGUGCUGGAGGGAGGAGUACCAGCGGGUUCGGCAGAAACAGAUCCAGGACGACUGGGCCUUGGCUGAAAAGUUGCAGCGGGAGGAGGAGGCAGCGUACGCCAGCAGUCACGGAUCGCAGACGCAGUCUCACGCCCAAUCCACAGCACCACAACCACACCCGGCUCACGCCUCUCUGGGACCUUUCUCCAAGUUUGAAGAGAAGAAGACGAACGAGAAGACGAGGAAAGUGACCACCGUGAAGAAGUUCUUCAGCCCGUCGUCACGCACCGCUCCCAAGAAAGAAACCCAGGAGGGAAAGACGCCCAGUCCGUCCAUCAGCCGCCACGCCAGCUUCGAUACGGACCAGGUGUCCAAGGACUUUGUGGACUUCUUGAAAAGCCUCCAGAAACCCGGCCGGGAGAUCCACAAGCAGUGCCGAGCCUUCAUCGUGACCAUGUCCAGCAAGAAGGACCUGAGUGCUGACGAGCUGUCGGAGUGCGUUCAGGACUUCUACCAGAACUUGGCCGACCGUUUGUUGGGUCACUUUAAAGGAUCCUCGGAGUCUGUGGAGCAGGUGAUGGACCAAGUGGAAAAAUACAUCAUGACUCGUCUGUAUAAGAGCGUCUUCUGUCCAGAGACCACUGAUGACGAGAAGAAGGACCUGGCCACACAGAACAGGAUAAGGGCGUUACACUGGGUGACCAUCGAGAUGCUCUGUGUGUCGUUCGACGAAGAAAUCCCCGAAGUCUCUGAGAAUGUGGUCAAAGCGAUAACAGAUGUCAUCGAGAUGGACUCGAAGCGGGUUCCUCGGGACAAACUGGGGUGCAUCACGCGCUGCAGUAAACACAUCUUCAGCGCCAUCAGGAUCACCAAGAACGAGCCGGCGUCGGCCGACGACUUCCUCCCCGCGCUCAUUUACAUCGUGCUCAAAGCCAACCCUCCGCGACUGCAGUCCAACAUCCAGUACAUCACCCGCUUCUGUAACCCCAGCAGGCUGAUGACUGGGGAGGACGGAUACUACUUCACCAACCUGUGCUGUGCGGCGGCGUUCAUCGAGAAGCUGGACGCUCAGUCUCUCAACCUUUCCCCAGAGGAGUUUGAGCGCUACAUGUCGGGCCAAGCCUCGCCGCGAUGCAACAACUCCGACGGCGACUGGACCCACGCCGACCCGCCGCCUCCCCCGACCAACCCGGUCCUGGCUCAGCUCAAUCACAACCUGGAGGCGCUGUCGGGCCUCAGCGACCGGCAGGACACGCUGAUGGAGGCGGCUCGCAGCCUGCAGGCCGACCUCCUCUCCUGGCCCAACAGCGUGCAGCGGGAGGUGCACGGCAUCGUGGAGAAAUACCCGCUGGAGGUUCCUCCUCGCAACGUCUCCGCUAUCGAUGCCAACAACUUGGACAAUGACAACCUGCCGCCGCCGCUCACGCCGCAGGUGUUCGCUGGGUAGCGGAGUCUACGACGGGAGGUAGAAACAUUUCACAUACAGCAGCAACGGUAAACCUGCUUUCAAACGCUAAGCUUCUCCUGCACCUUUAACGCCCAGUCACACCCGCAUUUAUCGCAGCACUUCUGCAGCUUUCAUAUCAAUUUCAACUUGAACUUUGAGAUGCAAAUUCACGCCGUUGAUCAACAGCCAGUAGUCUGAACGAUGACGACCUUCGAGGGAAUAGAGAGAGACGGAGAGUCCAAAACGGAGGACGCUAAUGGAGCUUAUUAGUUAGUCAAGUACUGUACUUAAGUACAAUUUUGAUGUACUUGAAGGUUACUUGAAUAUUUUCAUUUCUACUUUAUACUUCUACUCCACUACAUUUAUCCGACAGCUUUACUUACCUUGCAGAUUGAGAUUAAUAAUACAGAAUAUAAUCACAAUAAAUGACAUUUAUUUAUAUGAAAAUGAUUAACAGACGGACUCAUAUUGCAGAUAUGCAAAAUAAUAAGCUGAAAUCUCACACUAACUGGAGAAUAAAAACUCAGUUGGUCACAGAAUCAAACAGAAAGACGAUACUAAGCUCCUUAACUGACAGCAAAACCGGAGAAGAA